GAACACCUUCUUUUUCCCUUUAUUAUUCUCCGGCCCAGAACAUCACAAGAAUAUUUUCGGUGAUCAAUUUCAACCUCAUCUGUAUGCGGUAGCGGGGCACUCUGCGCCUCCAACCAAUCAGAAGAGGCUGAUUCCGGGGAAAAGCGUCCUGGCUCUCUCCCUAUCCGCCACCAAAACAGAACUUGCAUUCACCAUCCAAAUUCCUCUCCUCACCCCCACAUCGCUAUAUUAUACAAAUUAACCCGCCAUUAUCGUCAAUCCAGCAAUCCCCUCUUGAGGCAACUACUUCUAUCAUAAAUCCUACUCUCACUAGCUUCUCAGGCAUGACAACACUCCGCUCCCUGGGACUUGUUUCGACCCGUCCCACCCGCACGCUCCUAGCAUUACCAAAACCGCAUACACUCCUUCUCCCCUCCACUUCGAUACCAACCGCUCACCACUUUUCCACCUCCCACAUCGCGAGACAUGCUACUCCUAGAGGGCCCCUACCAUCGGGGCUUCGUACCGAUCGCACACCAAAUUGGGACGAGGGGGAGUCCGCACUUGACAAAGCUGGUCGCAUAUUCCUCAUGACGGAGAUGGUGCGGGGGAUGUAUGUGGUUUUGGAACAGUACUUCAGAGCUCCGUAUGUCCCCCCCUUUUAUAACCUGAAGGGAGGGAAUAGGAAGAGGCUGAUAGGGAAAUAGGUAUACUAUCAUGUAUCCAUUCGAAAAGGCACGUUCGCGCCAUCUGCGUUACUUGGGGUAGGGCCGGAGUUGACGGCAGUCAAAUUAAUUUGUCUUAGGGACCUAUAUCCCCACGCUUCCGCGGCGAGCACGCAUUGCGGAGAUAUCCAUCUGGUGAGGAGCGCUGCAUUGCCUGUAAACUUUGCGAGGCUAUAUGCCCUGCCUUGGCGAUCACGAUUGAAGCGGAGGAGCGAGAGGAUGGGAGUAGGAGGACUACCAGAUACGAUAUUGAUAUGACAAAGUGUAUCUACUGUGGGUUCUGUCAAGGUAUGCUCUCGCCUGGGCGCCUAAAUGCUGCUGGUAGCGGCGACUAACACAUCUAGAAUCCUGUCCCGUGGAUGCUAUCGUUGAAUGUAUAUCUCAAACCCUUCCCGGUCCAUGAGGCGGCGACGCUGAUGAUACUUAGCCCCCAACGCGGAAUACGCUACCGAGACGCGAGAGGAACUACUCUACAAUAAAGAGAAGCUUCUCUCAAACGGAGACAAGUUCGUCCCCCUCCCUCUCACGCACCCCUUGAGCGUUAAUUCUGACAUGAUAAAAAGGUGGGAGCCCGAACUUGCAGCAGUUAUCAGGGCGGAUGCUCCGUACAGAUGACGACAUUUAGCCCGUCGCAAAGGCCUGUUUAUAAUAUAUUGUUGCUUGGGCAUGAGGGUUUUAGAUACUUGAAUAAUGGAAUGCGAAUUUCAUUCUUUCCUGC